AAGGAAUUCAAUAUUUGCAAUGAAAGACACCCAGUUGUUGAAGUUAACGAUAAGUUCAUUGCAAAUAGCAUCAAUUUGUCUGGUAUACAUCUAAUUACUGGCCCUAAUAUGGCUGAAAAAAGCACUUUCUUGAGGCAAAACGCUCUCAUUGCAAUUUUAGCUCAUAUGGAUUCAUUUGUGCCAGCAGAUAGUGCACAUAUUGGAGUGAAUGAUAAGAUAUUCAGCAGGGUUGGCGCAACGGAUAAUAUAACGGCUGGUUAUUCCACCUUCAUGGUGGAGAUGAUUGAAACAGCAACCAUAGUCAACCAAGCAACAGACCGUUCCUUGGUAAUACUUGAUGAAAUUGGUAGAGGAACAGGAGUGUAUAAUGGCUUAUCUAUUGCUCAGGCGGUAAUUGAACAUAUUCACAAUGUAAAUAAGUGCCGCGCUAUCUCUGCAACUCAUUAUACUAAAGUAAGCAAAUACUUGAAAAGUGUCAAGUGUUUCUGUGUGAGAAUAAAAGAAUGGAAAGAGGAGGUGAUCUUUCUACAUGAAGUAGUUGAGGGCGUUGCAGAUGAGUCAUAUGGAACACAUGUGGCAAAACUUGCUGGUUUU